AUGUCAUAUAAAAUGAACCAGUUCCGUCGAAUUUUAGUUUCAGCAACUUUUCAAACAUUCAUUAGACAGAAAAGUUACACUAUAGCAACAAAAAUGGGUGACUCUCUUUUAAUCCCAACUGAAAAUGACUAUCUUGAUGCCCAUGCCGGAGCAGAACAACAACAACAAUAUAAACAACUUUGGGAAACAACAUUGAAAAAUAAACGUGGUCCACAAGGACAGUUAGAAUUCCCCUGGGAGUUUGAAACGGUUCAAGGUUUUUUCAAACAAAGUGAUACUAAAACUGAUGAUGCCGUUUUCAAUUACGCUACUGAUCAUAUGGGCAGAUUGAAACCUUGGAAAAAUAUUAUUCUUCAAUUGACUCAAUUGAAUCAAGAAGCUCCAGAUAAUGUUGAAUACAAGCUUUUGUUUCUUGCUAGACAUGGGAAUGGGUUUCAUAAUCAAGUUGUUGAGACAUAUGGAUUAGAUCGAUGGAAUAAGGAGUUGCAUAAAUUGGGUAAGAUUGAUGGUAUUGAAUACGCACCUGACCCUCAAUUAACUCCAUUAGGUAUUGCCCAAGCUGAAGAAAACCAUCGAUUGUGGCAACAAGAAUUAAAGGAAGGUGCACCCAUCCCGUCCAAGUUUUUUGUUUCACCAUUACAAAGAUCAUGCAACACUUUGCAGAUUACCUGGAAUGAUUUAAAACCUAAAGCUAUCAUACCACGUAUCGAUGAAUUAAUUCGAGAAACAAUUGGGAAAAACUUGUGUGAUAAGCGUUCACCAAAACGUACUAUCCAACAACGAUUCCCCGAGUUCAACACUGAUGGAGUUGUAGAUGAAGAAGAUGUAUUGUUUGGUGAUGAUGAAAGAGAAUCAAUGAUUGAUCAAUCGAUAAGAAUUAAUCGUUUCUUGCAAAAUUUAUUUGAACUGGAUUAUAAUUUAGGUGAUGGGAAAGUAGAUAAGAAAAAAGCAGAAGAGGAUACACACAUUGCUACUUAUUCACAUGCUGGAACUAUUAGAUGUUUUAUUAAUGUGUUGGGUCAUAGAAAUUUCACCAUUUCCACUGGUGGUAUGAUUCCUAUUGUUGUUAAAGGAACAAGAAGAAGUUAG